UGUGGGUGGGUGUAGGAUCUGGGAUUAGCUGUAGCCGCAGGUAAUAGCCAAACAUUAGAAGACUCUCGGCAACACAAGACUUUGAAUUUCACCAAAAGGAGACGACACGGAUGAGUUCAGUUGUGUUUUUCGGCAGAGGAGGCAGUGCACUUUAAAGUUUGCAGACUUUGUUUUGUUUCGUGGAAGUAAAAUCACCUGGAAAUCUGUGGGCGGUCGAAAAAACCUCCUUUCUUUCUCUGUUUGAAAGCGCUAACAGCGGAGGAAAGUUUUUUCCCUUGAGACUUCCGCGGUUUGCUCACAGAUCAAGUUAUCUGGGAUAAAAAGACAGACACAAGUGUUUCCUCUUAUGCGGUCCCGGGCAUUUUGAGCCAUGCCUGGCCACAGCACAGGGGCUCCCCAUGCGUCCCGCCACCACAAUAACCACAGCUCCAGCUCCAGAGCAGACAAGUACAGACAAGCUCGGACUAUAUCCCGAGAAAGCACCACCAGCCAAGAAUCCUACAGGGAUCCUCACGGGGAACACCCGAAGGAGCACCACACUGGCCGCUCCCGGCACUCGGAGACCAAGUAUGGUCACAGAGGGCACCCACGAAAUGGCACUGGACGGGGCUCAGAGACUAUAGGAUUUAUUCCGGGGUCAGCAGACAGCACGCCUACUAGCAGACAUGCCUGUGGCUCCUGUGCCUCUAUGGGCUGGAGUGGCUGUAAGGCCCUUAUCUGCUGCGUACUGACCUGCGGGUUUUAUGGCAGCCGAGAGCCCUGCCUGCCUGUUAACGAGAGCUCCACAGACCACCCCCCUAAAACAGGUAGCGAGGCCCACCCUCCUAAUGGCAUUGCUAUGUCCAACCCUACCUGUGGCAUCCAUUUAGAGCCCAACAAGUCCAAUAAAGUCACUAAGUUGCCCACAAGCGACAGCUUCCGCUACCAGGAUGUGCGCAUCGCAGGUCAGACGGUAAAGUAUCCAGUGGCUGCAACCAAACGGCCCCGUACACACGGUAAGGGGGAAAGCCAGCGGCCGAUCAGCAACACCAGCCUGUUAUCCCGUGAGGACUAUGACUUGGAUGACCUGAGUGACACCGGCACAGAUAUUGACUCUCUCAUCACCAAGAAGCUGCUGGAGCUUUACGCCUUGCACCAGAUCGACCAGCUGGCCAAGUGCACCUCCGAUUCCUCUUUCUCCCGCAAGACCAACGAGAUCAGCGAGCUCAUCUACAGCAUCGCUCAGGACUACAACCUGGAGGAGCAGGAGGCCGAGUGCAAGCUGGUGCACGGAGUCAUCCGCAUCAGCACCCGGAAGGGCAAGAGAAACAAGAGCCAUCAGUCGACGGGGCAGCGUCCUAAUGGGAGGAGCGACGGGACCCUCCCCGACAGCGGCAACGAGACCAUGACCAACACCUUCAUGAGCAGUGACUUUCCAGAGGUGAAAGUUUCAGAGCAGACGCCAUCAGAUGAGCUGGCCAGGAAAAUGAGACAUUACAGCGGAAGAAUGUACUCCUCCAGCAACGCCACCGAAACAGAAUCUUCAGGCGCUCCUCUGCUUCUCUGAAGGGCAACCCGGGAUCAAAAGUGCCUGCCUGUAUACUGACAAGGGAUGUAGCCAACUAGAUGGACAGUUUUAUCCUUCCGCUAUCAUUUAUGCUGUUACUGAGUGGAAUGCCUUUUACCAUGGAUUCUCCUUUUAGUGGUCCUGCUAUUGUUUGCUAUCAGGGUGUCAUUUAACUUUACAGACCUUUAUUUCUCCAGAAAAUGACCCACUGAGGACGCUAAGUUUUGUAAAGACAAUGCACGUUUUUAUGUAUUCUUAUGCAGUGUUUAAGGUUGUUUCACACCAUUGUGUUAGAAAAAGAAACAUGACUACACUCCAUUGAGGUUUUCAGGCCAGAGGAUAGAAACUGAUGGUAGAACAUAACCGUCCUCAUUAUUGUGUGAUUGUUUAUGCAAGCAUGUUCUGUAUGUGUGUGUGUGUGUUUCUGUGGGCUUAUUGACUGCCAUUUAGUCUCCUUAGAAGCAUGUUGUGACCUGAAAAUCAUCAUUCAUUUGUAUUGUUAAGCCAUAUUUUGAUGUAUAUAUUUUUACUUUCUGGGUUGUUAAACCGUUUGCGGCAUUUGGCCAGCAGCUUUUUUUAUUCAAUGGUGACUCCUGUUUUCAAUAAAAUAAAAAUCAUCAUGCCUGUU